AUGACCAAGGUGCUCCACCUCUGGCAAUCCUUAACCGACAAGAACAUAAUCCGACUCAAGAACGACUGCAUCGCCCUCGAGGGCGUCCGCAAGAUCGUCUCCAACGACGAGCCCUUCCUCCUCGGCCUCGCCUGCGCCGAAUUGGCGGAGAAUCUCCGCCUCGUCGCCAAAUCCGUCGCCCGGCUCAGCCACCGCUGCGCGGGCACCAACCUCCGCUGCUUCCACCUCGCCUUCGAUCGGUUCGCCGACUCGGGCCACGACCCGAACGGGUGGGUCCUGGGCUGGAAGGAAAUGGAAUUGAAGAGCAACAAAAAGAUGGACCGCUACGUCACCGUCACGGCCACGCUCCACAAGGAGAUGGAGGAGCUGUCGGCGCUGGAGACCGCGCUGAGGAAAGCCGUCGCUGCCGCGUCGGGGGACGAAACGACGACGAAGGAGCAGAAGAUCGCGGAUCUCCGGCAGAAGGUGUUCUGGCAGAGGCAGGAGGUGAAAUCGCUCAAGGACAGAUCACUGUGGAACCGGAGCUUCGACGGCGUCGUUUCGAUGCUCGCGAGAUCGACUUUCACCGUCCUCGCCAGGAUCAAGCUGGUUUUCGGGAUCGGAUCUCAGGGUUCGCUCCCUACUUACUUGCCGAGGAGCCUCUCUGCCUCUGCGACCGUGUACCCGACCGAGAACCAGACCGGUUCGACCUGUUCGACCUACGUCUCCGGCCCGCUGGCGAAGAGCGUGAAGAACGGUUCGGCCGGCGCCGGCGACGGGUUCUUCAAAUCGAAUUCCCAGCUCCUGAAGCCGCCGACGACCACGCUGGGAGCGGCGGCGCUAGCCCUGCACUACGCGAAUCUAAUCAUAGUGAUGGAGAAGAUGAUCAAAUCGCCCCAAUUGGUCGGCGUCGACGCCCGCGACGAUCUGUACUCGAUGCUGCCCAACAGCGUGAGAUCGGCGCUCCGGGGGAGGUUGAAAGGGGUCGGGUUCACGGCGACCGACCCGGGCCUCGCCGGCGAGUGGCGGGACGCGCUGGGUCGGGUCCUGGGCUGGCUGGCGCCGUUGGCGCACAACAUGAUCAAGUGGCAGAGCGAGAGGAGCUUCGAGCAGCAGAAUUCGAUCCCGAAAACGAACGUGAUGCUGCUGCAGACCCUGUAUUUCGCGAACAAGGAGAAGACGGAGGCCGCCAUCACCGAGCUGCUGGUGGGUCUGAACUACAUCUGGAGGUUCGAGAGGGAGAUGACGGCGAAAGCUUUGUUCGAAUGUGGGAACUUUAGUGGGCUGCUAAUGAAGCCUCAAUGUAGUAGUAAUCCAAUUGCUGGUUCGGGAUAG